AUUUUAAACUGGACUCUAGCGCCACCUGGUGUCCGAGUGAAGCUCCUCCUCGAGGACUGUUCAGCCCUGCGCAGGGACUGGCUCUCCCGCAGCCAUUUUCUGUCCAACCAAACGGCCGAACUGAGACGAGAACCAACCAGGGCUUCAUCGCAGAUGGACGGAGACGGUUCAACCACAGAUGCCUCCCAACUUGGCAUAACAGGAGAAUAUAUGGCCGGUAGUCACUUUGUUCUCCAAGCUCAGGAUGAUGAAGGUGAUGAGGGACUGAACGACCACGAGGAUGGCAAUGGAAGCAAAGAUAAUCUACGGGAGCAAGACAUCUAUCUCCCAAUCGCCAACGUUGCCCGAAUCAUGAAGACUGCAAUACCACAAACUGGAAAAAUAGCAAAGGACGCCAAGGAGUGUGUGCAAGAGUGUGUGAGCGAGUUCAUCAGCUUCAUCACUUCAGAAGCCAGCGAGAGGUGCCAUCAGGAGAAACGCAAGACGAUAAACGGCGAAGACAUCCUGUUCGCAAUGUCCACGCUGGGUUUCGACAUGUAUGUGGAGCCUCUGAAGCUCUACCUGCAGAAGUUCAGGGAGGCCAUGAAAGGAGAGAAAGGCAUAAGCGCAGUAACUGUAACCGAAGGCAUGGGAGAGGAGCUGACCGAUGAGUCUUUCACAAAUCCACUACCUGCAGGGAUCAUAACAGCUGAUGGACAGCAACAAAAUGUGAUGGUGUACACCACCUCAUAUCAGCAGAUCCCAGGCGUGCAACAGCUCCAGUUCUCCUGAAGAUGUGCUGCGUUGUCACGUGCAGAAAUCAACACCUAAUCUUCACAAAUCAAACCUUCCACACUUCCACAUACAAGUGAAGGUUCUGAACGGUGGGGUCUGUGUGAGAGGUCUUCAGCGGACCCUCUUCUUGUGCUCUCACAGGUCACAGAGCUGGACUUCUAUGUUUGUUUAGCUUGUUUUCAUGUGUGCUCCUUGUGUGUUUGUGCACACGCAUUAUGAUUUUAAGUGACUAGUCUGUUGGGUGUUACUUUUUGUGUUUGUUUUACACAUAGGGGAUUUUAAAGGAUUAGGUUAAAGGGUCCUGAGGGGUUUCAAAAAUAACAACCUUCUAUUAAAGCAAUAAUACAAAACAAAUGUGAAUCUUCCUGCGAUAUAAUGAGUGCUUUGCUCCUUUUUUUGUAUAGAUGAAAACCAUGUUGCAUGUAUAAUUUCGGUUUGAUAAGAUGUUAACACUUAAAAUGAAAUAGGGUAUUUUUUUUGUAAAUAUUUUCUUUGUUCUCAAUGUUUUCAUGGAUUUGUAAUUAUGCAGUUCACUCAACAAUCUGCAUUGUCAAUCAAAGUCCAAAAAUAAAUCUAAAUUCUAAUCUAAGUUCUUCAUUUGGGCCCAUUUUAGGUCAGUGACUUUCUUUGGAUGAUUUUACAUUAAUUUCUUGCAGUUCAUUUUGUUUUUACGUGCUUAUUAAGGUUCAGUUACACCUUGAAUGUGGAUUUUAAAAUGGUUGUGUGCUUUAAAUACACAGUCUGCAAAUCUGUGACAUAAGGACAACAACUACUGUAAGAACACUUAAAAGUAGACCUAAACUUUCAAUUUUUCAUUUAUAAAAAGUAUCUAUUUGUC